UCAAACCCUGGACAUCGACAAACGUAGAUCCGUUAAAUUUCUCGCUUGGUAUUCAUAAGAAAACCUCGGAAGGCUAAACAACAUGGCGGCGCAAUUGUCAAUAUCGUGUAGAACUGUGUAGCAAAAAUCUCUUUUAUUUCGUGAGGACUGUAUUCUGAGAGAGUGUCAGUUGAUUUUUGUCAGUGUGGACUCUGUUGUGAUGAAUAUUUUGUAGGCAACAGGUGCCCGUCUGGUGAAACAUAUUGGAAAGAAUUGGUCACCGGCCUAAUUCAUUCACAAUGUGAUUGUGUUUGGGUAUUUUUUCUUCUCCCUGUGUGGUUUGGAAUAUUAAGUGAAGGAUUUAUUUCUGUAAUUGGAUGUAUAUGCAUCAGCUAGAUUUAACGGGAAAGGAGUACACAUGGUAAAGCUUCCAUAUGAUUUCCCGAAAAGAGGACCUCACGUCGGGCCGCAGGCCUCUGGUCAUCAGCGGCCCGAAUCGGCAGAUGCUACACGAUCUGAGAGAAAGUCUCAGUCACAUUCGCGGUUCUCAGUCUGACCAAUCAGAUCCACUCCCGAAUCGCCCAGAAUUAUCCCAGAGCACACCAAACUUGGUAGAAAGCAAGUCCAGUUUCUCUAGAGAUGGCUACAACAGAAAAGCUCUGGCUCAGAUUCGCAGUAAACUGCGGCCGUUCCAGACAGACAGGAAUGACGAUGGGAUGUCUAACAGUACAGGAGCCUCCUCCCAGGCCAGCGAGGAGGGGGAGUCUAAAGGGGCGAGCCUAGAAGAAACAACUCAGGAAUUGUCAAGCCGCCUUUCUAAACUAAAUGAUCUAAAGGGAAAGAAUGGAGUGAAAACAACAAUUGCAAAUCCUUAUUCAAAACCUGUCAAGAGAAAACCAAGCUUUGAGUCCAAGUACGGAAAGGCUCCCUCUGAAUCGGACCAGCGGUCAGAUACCGCUUCACCGCUGACAUCCGCCGCAAGUCGGGUGCCACCUGUCUAUGAAGUCAAUCCUGCGUCAAGGCAGGGAACCCCCAUAUCCACCCCCAGUGUCACUGUAAAUGGGGAUCAGACUCCUCCUCCUGUCCCUCCGCGAGCGCCAAUCAUCACCUCUUCUACAGAGACAGUUGUCGUGGAAACCACCAUGACAGGAAAUCUUCCUACCACAGCGAGACUUCAAGCUCCACCUAUGAUGGUCCAGCCAGCCGGGGGACAGGUUUUAAAGACAAACCCCACUAACCCCCAGCAGUAUAUUGCUUUCAGUACGGUUCAAGUGGCUCAGUCUACCCCACCACCACCUCCUCAAUCCCAGAAUCCAUCAACGCCAUCGUCUUCAGGAAGUGGUCCAGUGACGCCACAGAGAGGAAUGAGUCCUGUUGGCCGCCAGCCAGUCAUCAUCCAGAAUGCCAAGAGCCACCCAGUGCAUUAUCCUUCAAAUGUGAUCAAUAGUGCUAAUGGACAGAAUAUCACAAUAAAAUGUCCCCCACCUUACAGCCAAAGUCGGGCGAGCACACCCGCCACAGUGAAAAUUUCUGGAAACAAUUUAAAUAGUGUUCAAAUAAAGUUACCUAAACCACAGAGUAUAGGGACCUCACAACCCCAACCAAUGCACACAUGGGGGGCAAAACAACCUCAGAUUGUGAUGCAAUCAGUGGAAAGUGUGGCUGUGUCAAAACCAAUGUUACAAAUGGCCACUGGUCCAGGCCAGUCACCACAAAACCCCCAGACAACGACGGGAAGCUACAUAUCGUCUUACCAGGCUCAAAUUAAUCCAUCAAAUAAUGGGAUUCCUUCAGCUACACACCUACAGGGCUCCAACAACAUACAGAUCCAAAUCACUAGACAGUCUCCACAGAUGUUGACACCAGAACAGUACGCUGCACAUCUACAGAGCCAAGGACAAAAGCGGGGCAUACAAACACGCAUAAGUGCACCCCAGUUCGCCCCUAAUGUUCACUAUGGACUUUAUUAUCGUCCUGCAUCUGAUACCCCCACAUCAACACCGAGAUCAGACUCUCCGAACUCAUCCAGAGCAACGAAUCAGUCACCCAUGUCCAUUCAUUCAACCACUUCUACUCCUUCUACGAACUCUGAUAUUCCUGACAAGCCACCACCUCCUUACCCUGGGAGGUCUGUUCAGGUGGUUCAACCAAUUUUACAACCCGUGCCGCAAUACAACCAGACUGCUUCCCAGUAUCCACAUCUUCCCCCACAAUUACAUCACCAAAUUACGGCCAUGUCCCCUCAUGUUCCACAGGGGUUCACUCCACUACAGGUGCCUCAUACGACGGCACCCCCUGUGUAUCACAGUGAUAGCCCUCAACCCCCCAUUCCUCCCCGUGUGCCUUUAGUCCAAGUGUCAGAAAACUUGGAGGCCUCCCCUCCCCCUGUUCCCACCUCCAAGCCAAAUGUGGGGGUUGGACCUCCUCCAAUACCGCCCCCUCCCAAUAAACAGACUCCGAAUAUAAAUGGUAACCUUGGGAAUGGUGCAAACAAGGAGGAUGAAACUGACGAGACCUUAUCAACUGUGUCAGACGCGAGUAGUACUCAAGAGAAAACUCGCUGCACCUCUCCUAUGCCGGAGAGGAAAAAUGAGUUCAAGGACUGUGAUAGACUUCGCCCUGAGGGACGAUUAAAAAACUACUCACCACAAGCCUUCAAAUUCUACAUGGAACAGCAUGUGGAAAAUGUUUUAAAGGCUUGCAAGGAGCGGGUGACGAGGAGGUUUCAGUUAGAACGUGAGAUGAACAAAGUAGGUCUUUCAGAGGAUGCUCAGCAACAAAUGCGUAGAAUGUUAAAUCAAAAAGAGUCAAACUAUAUCAGAUUACGUCGUGCCAAAAUGAGAAGAGGUCUGUUUGAAAAGAUCAAAACUCUUGGGGUUGGGGCAUUUGGGGAAGUUUCGUUAGUGAGGAAAAGAGAUGUAGGUCAUUUAUAUGCCAUGAAAACAUUACGGAAAAGUGAUGUGUUAAAACGAAACCAAGUUGCUCAUGUGAAAGCCGAACGUGAUAUUUUAGCGGAAGCUGACAAUGAGUGGGUUGUGAAGUUAUACUAUUCCUUUCAGGAUCGUGAUAACCUUUAUUUUGUGAUGGAUUAUGUACCGGGUGGGGAUUUAAUGGGACUUCUAAUCAAAUUCGGAAUUUUCAAGGAAGAUUUAGCGCAGUGCUAUGUCGCUGAAUUAGUGCUAGCCAUUGAAAGUGUGCAUAAGAUGGGAUUUAUACACAGAGACAUCAAACCAGACAAUAUUCUGAUAGAUAAGGAUGGCCACCUCAAGUUGACAGACUUUGGCCUGUGUACCGGGUUUCGAUGGACACACAACUCUAAGUAUUAUCAAAAAGAUGGACUUCAUCCUCGUCAGGACUCCAUGGAUGUUAGUUGUGCAAUGGAAGUAGAAUGCCGCUGUAACGAAAUACUCAAACCACUCGAGCGACGUCGGCAGCGAGAACGACACAGGUGUCUCGCUCAUUCAUUGGUAGGGACACCCAAUUACAUCGCACCGGAAGUGCUUCUUCGAGAAGGUUACACCUCCUGCUGUGAUUGGUGGAGUGUAGGAGUUAUACUUUAUGAGAUGUUAGUUGGACAACCUCCCUUCUAUGCCAAUACUCCGGCCGAGACCCAAUGGAAGGUGAUUCACUGGGAUGAGACCCUGAAGAUUCCACCAGAAGCCAACCUCUCUGAGGCAGCCCAGGACCUCAUUAUUAACCUGUGUUGUAGUGCCGACAAACGUCUUGGUCGAAACGGAGCCACAGAAAUCAAAAAGCACCCUUACUUCAAAAACAUUAAUUUCGAAGGACUGCGUAAGUCGCAGCCUCCAUGGAAACCCAAGAUAAAACAUGCCAUGGACACAUCAUACUUUGAUGAAAUCGAUGGUAAAUUUGAUGAUGAUUCAGAAGAAGAAAUGCAGAAGCCGGAUCAUCCAAUCAACGGCAAACAUCCUGAACAUGCUUUCCUGGAGUUUACAUUCCGAAGAUUCUUUGACGAUGGAGGACAUCCGUAUCCAUCAAUGAAGGAAGACCCCUGUCCCCCCGUCUGUGAUCCAAAUGAGACCCCUACCAGUAAAGACUCCUCUAGUGCCCCAGUGUAUGUCUGAUAUUGACGAAUGUCCGAUAUGUGUCUGAUAUCAAAGAAUGUCCAGUGCUUGUCUGAUAUCAAGGAACAUCCAUUGUGUGUCUGAUAUCAAAGAAUGUCCAGUGCUGUCAUAUCACUGAUGACAGCGAUAAUUUCACGUCGUAUAGGUGCAUGUAUCAGAUAACUGGCUUUGCCGGUGUGACCAGAAAUAAGCUCUCUAUUCUCAUUCUGAGUCUUUUCAGGGACAGCACCUGAAGAUUUGAGUGCUUUUGUUCUUGGAAACAAUCCCCGACCAUAUCAGUGCUUUACUUACUCCGAAUUAUUCCUUGUUAGAAAGUUAUUUUUGCCAGGUCUGAAAAAUGUUCAAAUUCUACUGAAGUUUUUAUUGUUAAAAAUAUGUACAGAAGAAUAAUUCCUUGGAAAUUAUGUACAACAUUCUAAAAUUUUUACCUAUAAAAUGCCUUUCUUUAUAUUUUAUGCAGUGUAAACAAAGUUGUGUUUUGUAAACUUUGUGUUAGACACAGCAGUCUGUUGUUGAGGUUUGUUUUGAGUAACAGGAAAGGACUGGGGUUAUUACAGACUAGAUGCCUCUUGGAAUACAAGGGUGCACCUAAAAAGUGAUGUCUUUCAUUUAGUACAUUAUUAACAAGAAGUUAAUUGUUAAUCAAGGUCUUUCAAAUGUUUGUUCUAUAUACUGUAUGUAGUAAUUCUAGUGAUGUAUAAACAAGAUCAUGAUUGGACAGGGUUAUGCUAUUAAGUGAAACAUACAGUUUGAUUGUACAAAAAUGUUUUUCUUAAUAUAUAUAUUUUUCAUCCAAAUUUAUUAAUUGUUGACAAGUACAGUAGUGAUAUUUUAUUUCAUUUUUCGUGAAAUAAUCUGGGAUUUGAGUGUCUGGAAGACAAAUGUUAUGAACUAUGAACGAAGUAUAAUAUACAAAGGGGGGAAGUUGUCACAUGAUCUGCAGUAAAGUCAUGUUAUCUUAUGGUCAAGGGAUGCAACUCCUUUAGAUUUGAAAAAUUACAAAAAGGGGGGUGGGAAUCUGACAGAUCAUUUCAAAGACUGAAGUUUUCAUAUCAUUUUGGUUAGUGACUACUGGACAUAGCUUCUGGAUGCUUUUCUCAAAUAUUAAGUGAAGUUACUCUUGUGUAUAUCUACCACAGGUAUAUAAUUCUGUGUAUUUUAUAUUAAAUUUAUUUUGGAAAGAAUUUGGAAUUUUUUCAAGAAUCUUUAUUGAAGUGCUGCAGCAUGAAUUUUCAUGUUAUUUUUAAAAAAUGAAUUGUUCAACAGCAAUCAAGAGAGAGAGAGAGAGAGGAGAGAGCAUUUAAUCUGUUGUUCUUGAGACUGUUUUUUCAGACCCCUCCUCUCGGUGAGAGGGGAGAGUUGUAUAAAUUUUGUUACUUCUGUUUUUAGGGGGUUUAAGUGAGCAUUUGUGGGCAUUAGAAGUGAGUGUAUAAAUAAUGUUGACUGCUAUUGAACAACUCUGUAUCCCCCACCCCCUAACUCCAUUAUCAUUGUAAAUACUCAUCCUUCCACUAUUUCUGUAAAGUGUGAUAUAUAAUAUUUUACAAAAAAGCUUAGAGCUUUUGUUGAAUGAUAUGGUGCAUUAUCUGUAUAGAAGCGUUUUAUAUUUAUCUACAGAGCUGAAUGCAAAGCAUCCUGGGAAUGUACAGAUGUGGUCGAAAGUGUAUAUAUUGUACAGUGUAAAACUAAAAUGUCUGACCACAAUUAUUGUCUGAGGGUAUGUAUAGAACUAAACAAAAUUGUAAAGGGAAUAUGUAAAAUAUACUGGCAAUAUUCUCAAAUAAACUAUAAAAAAUUGA